CUUCCCUCCCCGUUCUCUCCCCGCUCCCUCUCACCAAUGGACUCCACCACUGUCUCUGAGAGUCUGUCCAUCAAUAUCGAGGCUGGUAUCAACCUACGCGAUGCCUUGGAUGCUGCAAAGAAAACGAAAACGGCCCAUCGUUAUCGUUUUGCUGUGAAGACAAAGACUAGUUAUUCAGGCCACCUUGAGCGAGGGAAGAAGUAUGCCCUUAGUAUGGGUGGGGAGUAUUCAGCUGCAUUUGAUGAGCUUAGCGGAGCAACCCCAGUUGUCCUUCUAGCUUUUGUUGCCUUCAAGUGUGACCAGAGUAGCUUAUCAUACAAAACAGCUGAGGGUAUCCGAAGUUCAUUCAAGCAAUACUUCAAAGAUCAGUUCCAAUGCCAGGGCAACUUUUGGCGAUUCGAGAACGGACGAUGGUUAGGAAAUCCUGUUUAUGAUCAGGCCUUUGAGGACUACAUGGUUUCUCUAAAGAAACGCGAUGGGCGAAAUGGUCAAAGCAAGCAAAGCCUUGCCAUGAGCUACAAGGAUUUGACAAAGCUAAUGGAACACCUCCAAGAGCCAGAUGUCAUUGCAAAGCACGGCGAAGGGUUGUGUCUGUUUUUUCAAGCAUUUGCUGCAACAGGCUUCGCUUUAUGGACAAGAAACGAGGAACUACUGAGGCUUAAAGGAAAAGACCUUGAUCUUGGUCUUAAGACGGAUUGUGGGCGAUCAUACUUUAAAAUCACUUUGACUUUUCGUAAAACAAACCAGGCGAAUGCUGAAAAAGCCAAUAUAUAUGAGAUCCAUCCACUUCCCGAAGAACCUCAUGCUUGCUGCUAUACUAAACUGCAAACCUGGAUCAAAUGGCUAGAGAAAAAUAGCCGAGCGCUCCAUCCUGAGGACUUUGUGUUCCCCUCGUUGGAUAAUAAAGGUCGUGUCAAGCUCAAAGAGGCAUUUUCACAUCCAAAAAUCCAGUCUUUGUUGGAUGAAUUUACUGAUGCUGCAAAUCUACUUGCUGAACGCAAUGGCCGGUACACAACUCAUUGUUUCCGUCGGGGUGGAGCGCAGCAUCGCUUCAUGUUUGCAAAGGAAAAAUGGUCUCUCAAGGCAGUAAAAUGGUGGGGCGGCUGGUCCGAAGGCGAAGGAGUUGGUACAGUUAUGCGGUAUCUAUUAGAUGAGUUUGUGCGUUAUGAGACUGGCUACGGUGACAUGCUCUCUCCAGUAAAGAACACUAGUCGACACACUAGGUUUAUGGGAGAAUCCAGCCCCACAGAAUUGGUAACUGUGCAAACAAUGGAUACUGCGCUUGAUACCCUACGGAUUGCUAUUAUUAAUGAUGUAAAUAAGACACAGCAGGAGAUGAAGAAGGAAGUAGCCGAUCUUGGAGCGGCUAUCACUCAGCAGAUCCAAUCACUCUUCCAGAGGUCUUCACCUAUAGUUAAUCCUAUCAAUAUUCGACAUAUGGCACCGCUACCAUCAGUGGUGCAGCCUCCUCAAGAUGACACCGAGCCUCCGGUAGCUCCUAGGAUCCCUGAUAUCAUACAUUGGAGAGAGGCGGUUCUGCAAUGGGAAGAAGGCGAUCCAGAAAAAGGCUUAGUCUUGGCGCUUCGCCACUGGACUCCAAGAAUGCGUGCCACUGAUCCUUCUAGAUACUCUCAGAGAAAGCUGAUUGCCACUGAGUUCGCUCUACUAGGCAGAAACCUUUAUAAUAUGAAAGAUACUCAUGGUGGAGCUCUCGAAUCUGUCAGCAAUCUUAUCGCCUCUAUCCGUGCAAAGAAUAAACAGAGAAUACAAGAGAUGAAAGGCACUUCAGCGUCCAAAAAAAGACAGGAGAGCGAAGCGCGAGAGACAGAGGAAGAGAACGAAGAAGAGGAGCCUUUGACAAGAAGGAAACACCAUAAAAGAACAUAAAAAAAAGCUCUAGGUGUGUCAAUAUUACUAUCAUUC